CUAGUAGAGUAACUAACGAGUGGUCAGACCGGGCGGUUCGUCGCUUCGCUGCUUUUCCACUCGGGGCUUUAUAAGCAUUUAUUGCGAUUGUUCUGACGGAUUUUUGAAUGAAAAAACGGCAUCGUGAUGCAAAUCACGGCGAGAGAUGACGUCGACAAGCAACCACAGCCGGGAAAAAACCAGAACCAACGCAAUCCAGAUAACGUCCAAAAUAUAGUGAAAUCCGAUCUCUAUCAGGCUCUCUUUCCGGCCUAUCAUUUCAACAAAGUAUGGGGUCUCCUUCCUGUCAGCUUCACUAAAUUAAACUCCGGAAGAUAUUGCGGACGGUUGAAUUAUCUCGAAGUUACUUACAGUGUGGGACUGCUGUUGCUCUUGAUAUGCGCGGAAUUCUGGGGCCUCUGGAGAGACCUUCACUACGGUUGGGAAAACAGUACGAGGAUGAAAUCGAAAACGGCUGUGGUGGUCACUUGUAGUGACAUUAUAGCGGUCGCUGGACUCGCGGCAAUUUCGAUUUUGGGCACGCCUUUUAGAUGGAGCAAGAUACAGAACAUCAUGGAUCGACUCGUCGAGGUGGACGAAAAGCUCGGCAUCGUAUCGCCUAAAAAGACUCGAAGAUUCUGUAUAAUCAUUAUGUUCGUGACGUUGAUCUACUUCAACGCGCUUUCCAUAAUCGAUUAUUACGUCUGGGAUAUUCAAGCGAAAAAAAUGAACAAACUAAAAGACGGGGGACCGAUUAAUUACGUACCCCUGUACUUUUUGUACAUCCCUGUAUUGAUGAUGGAGAUUCAAAUAGCACUGGCUGCGUACAGUUUGGGCCAGAGAUUCGCUCGAUUGAACAAAUGUUUGGGAAAUAUGUUGAAGACCGAGCGCCUCGCAUCCUUUUUUCCGAACGAUCUUACCCCAGGUGACUUCAACGAACACGGAAAAUUCAGAGCUGUUAUCAGAGGGGAUCUCAGAGGGGAACCCUUGUUUCGAAUACGGAAAAUAUCGGACAUAGAGCUUAUCAGAAGUGGCAGCAGCAAUUCCGCGGAGAUGAUAUACGACCUAGUAACAGUCCAUUCCUCAUUGUCAGACACGUUGCUCGUGAUCAACAGCGUAUUCGGCCUGCCAGCUCUCGUUGCCGUGCUCACCUGCCUCCUUCACCUAAUUAUCACCCCCUACUUUCUGAUACUGGAAGCCAAUGGAGACCACAACGAGAUAUUCCUCGUCGUUCAGCUGAUGUGGUGCAUCGGGCAUGUAGGCAGAUUAUUGAUAGUCGUUCAGCCGUGCUACGCAGCCUCCGUUCAGGCGAAGGGAACGGCGGUCCUCGUGAGUCAGCUGCUGUCGGUUAAUUGGGAGCCAGACGUUCGGAAGCAAUUAGAAAUAUUCUCUCUCCAACUAUUGCACAGGCCUUUGGAAUUCUCGGCUUGUGGACUUUGUUCCCUGGACAGAUCGCUCGUGACUUCGAUCGCAGGAGCGGUGACUACUUACCUUGUCAUUCUUAUACAGUUCCAAAAAGACGACGACACCAAAGAGACGAAUACGAUCCUGAAGAAUGCGACGAUGCUGUUGAGGAACGCGACGACACUCCACAACGCAACGGCAAAGCAGCUUUAAUCUCUCAAAUUCAGAUUCCUUCGCAGUUGUAAUUAGGAGUUUCGUACAAGUUUAAUAUAAUGUAAUAUAUGUCACUGCGGCACUGGAAGCGCGGGGUUUCGCAGGAAGAGGAGGACUCUCAUAAUGCGACUGUGAACCAGGCGAACCUCGAGUCGUGUUUUGGAUGCGAUAUUUCCAGGAUGUAGUGCUUUCUGCGAUACAGAGAGAGAGAGAGAGGAGAGAAAGUGGAACAUUAAUAUAUCCGCACGUUGUGUGUAAAAAACUUACAUAUGAAACUCGAGCC